AACUUUGCAAAUACUACAGUCUCAUAAGAGCGAUGUCAUAACAUGUGAUUUUGGCGGAAACCAUGCAUUGGCGUCGGGUUCUGGCAGAAGAUGGAAAUACGUGAAAGGUAUAAAAUUACUAACUUCUAGCAGAAGAGGGAGAAAGAUUUGGAAGAAAGGAGAUGAUAAAGCUUAAGGAUACACGAAAAACCACUGGAAAAGUCACCAAGGACACUAGGUCGAGGGAGACUUGCUGAUUAGAAAAGGAGCAAAAAUGGCUUAUUCUCGUCCUUUCUGAGACAAGAAAAUAUGGGUUUAUGACUGGCAUCCUGGCUUGGGAUAUAUUGAAACCCCAUACUCUCCUCUUUUGGGUCAUAAGUAUGGAGUUACAUCAGUAAGAUUCUCACCUCAAGGUACGAUGCUGGCUACCUCGUCAAUUGAUGGCACUACUGCAUUGUGGAAUGUGCAGACUGGGAAUCGAAUUCACACGUUCGUACAGACAAAUGGUGUAGCCGUUAGAGUAAGCAGAUUUGCACCAGAUUGCAGUUUACUUAUUUCAGCUGGAGAUGAUGGCUCUGUUUGUGUAUGGAGUAUUCGGCAUAAAAAUCUUGUUAGGACGUUCCAGCCACAUGAAGGAACCAUUCAGGCUGUUGCAUUUGCUCCAGAUUCCUGCUAUUACAUAACAGCCUGUUCCCAAGGAGUCAUGAAGUUGUGGGAAGUUACUAAUGAAGAAGAAACAAUUAACUCCCUGAUUUCAGUUGAUGAUGUUCAUGACCUUGGUGUUACAGGAUGUGAUUUUUCACCAGUUCAAGGCCUCACAGAGAGCAAUGAAGAGCUGUUUCAUCGUUAUAACUUUGCUACUUGCGGUAAUGACCAUCUGGUGAAACUUUGGGAGCUACUUGUGGGAAAGAAAGAAAAACACCACACCAAAACUCCUCUACAGCUUAAAAGUGUUGUGUCAAUGGAGGGGCACUCUUCAGCUGUUACAUGUGUCAGGUUUUCACCCAGUGGCUCAUAUAUUGCAUCUGCAGGAAUUGACAAGAUAUGUUGUAUCUGGGAUUUGAAGGGGUCCUGCCUGAGUGUUUUGGAUGGGCACUUGCGUUAUGUAACAUCCUGUGCAUUUUCUCGUGAUGGAUCAUUGCUAGCAUCAGGUUCCAAUGACAAGACCCUUGCAGUAUGGGACCUGACAGGAAACCUGAACGUAGACUCAGAACUGACAAAACCAUGCUCUGCCCUACGUCACUAUGCCAACAAUAAUACUGAGCAUGGGUUACUGGAUGAGGAAGAACUUAUGAGGCAAGCAGAAAGAGAUAAAAAUGAAGUGAAGCUUUUACAGUCCAUUGAUGGUCAUGAAGGUGGCAUCAACACAUGUCAUUUUUCUGGGAGUAAGCUUCUGGCAUCAGGAUGUGGGGACAAUAAGAUUCAUGUUUGGACCCUUAAUGAAGAUGAUCAGUUUGUUGAGACUAGUGUCUCACCAUUAGAAGGACAUCAGUACAGUGUUUACAAAGUCAACUUUUCUCCAAGAGGUGACAAAUUGGCUUCAUGUUCUCUGGAUGGUGCAGUAAUCAUCUGGAAUAUAGAGACUGGAAUGCCUAUUUGCCCAAAUUUGCAUUGUAGUGGUAGUGGAAUCAGAACAUGCCGAUUCUCACCAGAUGGACAUCUGUUGGUCAUAGCAGGUGAUGCAGAGAAGGCAUGCGUGUGGAAUAUUGAUUCAAUGGAAUGUCUGAUGUCAUGUGAGGGCCACAGUGAUGCUAUCGUAGAUGCAGCCUUUUCACCAGAUAGCCAGUUUCUUGUAACUGUUUGCUCAGAUGGUAACUUUAAAUUGUGGUGUGUUGCACCUUGCUUGGAUCAGUGCCUUAUUACACAGGAAGCUGCUCAUGAUUUGGGUGUUCAGAGUUGUGACUUUUCUCCUUCAGAGGGAAUAGCAGGGCGAGAAUAUGGACCUUACAAUUACAGAUAUUUGCUUGCAACUUGCGGUGUGGAUUCACUCAUAAAAUUGUGGCACAUCACUAUUAAUGCUUAUGAGAAAACUGAAGAGUGUAAUCUGUGGAAACAGUUUGCUGGUCAUGGAGGAGUCAUUACCUGUGUUUGUUUUGCACCUCCUGCUGGUGAAGUACUUGGUUCCACAGCAAGUGACAAAACAGCUCGUCUCUGGAAUGUAUACACUGGAGAAUGCCUUCAUGUAUUAGAAAAUCAUAACAGCAUGGUUACAACUUGUGCUUUUUCCACAGAUGCUAAUCUGUUUGCUACAGGUUCCCUUGACCGGAGACUUAUUGUUUGGCAGUUGCCUCAGGGCCUGGUAAUGCAGUCUUACGUUACUGAAUCAUUUAUAACAGAAAGGAUUUGCAAACAGAAGAAGAAGCUGCUAAACUGGGGUGUUGAAGAUGUACAGGAAUGGCUACGUGAAUUGAGGUUUGUGGAUGUCGUAGAACAAGUGGCUGCAAAUUGUCUGACAGGUCAACAGCUCGUGACACUACCAUCUGAAGAAAUUUUGGACCUUCUUGAGAUAAGUGAAGAGGGAGAAAGACAAAAACUGAGAUCCUACCUUUUUUGGUUGAAAAAAGCUGACUAUGGUGUGUUGGAUGUACCAGUAGACAAAGAGAUUCCACAUGAAUUUCUCUGUCCUAUUACGCAUGAAAUUAUGCAAGAUCCAGUUAUUUGUUCAGAUGGGUUCACAUACGAGUGUGCAGCAAUUAAUGAAUGGUUCCUCAGUGGAAAAUUUACUAGUCCCAUGACCAACAGUCAGUUGAGUAAUACCAAAUGCAUUCCAAAUACAGAUCUUAAAGCAGAAAUUUGUCAAUUUCUUUAUGGUGAAACAGCAUCCUGAAUUUCAGGUUUUGCAUUUGUAACCCACCUGUAUGUACAUGCCACAUGUAAUGGUGUUACAUCACCUAUUACUUCUAAAUUCUAAAUUCACUAGUCAUAAAAUGGUGACUGAUUUUGUUACUGUGCACAGCUACUGUUCUCAUUCUGUCUCUCACGUGUGAAAACAUAUGCUUUACUGAUGCAUUACAUAUUUUCAGGACAUUAUACAGCUAGUUUAUUCUUUUUAAAUUUGUGUGCACAGUUAGCUGAAUAUCCUACCAUUGCUGAUUGGUGAUGUGAACAUAUUUUUGUACUUUUGAACUUUCGCUACAAAUUGAAAUGUCUAUUUUUAUGCAGUGUUGAACAACAGUUUGUGACAAAGGCAGUGUGCCUUUACUUUUUUAUGUGAAGUUGAAGCUUCUAAGUUUUAUGAAGGCUUAUUGCUGAGGAUGGUACACUUUUCAAAACACAAAAGUGUAGUCAGUGUAAUGUUUGAAUGCCAUGAGUGACAGAAUUCCAUUAUCUGUGCUUAACUUUAUUUACAGGUGUGUUAGAUUGCUUAACAGUGUUUAUGUAAGUGCAUUAGCACUUGGAGUAAGUAAACAAACGCCGACAUGCUUUACUGCUCAAAGUCGUUAUCGUGCCAGGAGAAUUGUAAUAUCCACAAUGACACCAUUGCUGUAAUUGAAGUGUGUAGAAUUUAGUUUAUUGUGUUGUUGAUACAUUUGAACUUUACCCAUAAAGAAAAAGAAACGUUUGUUGAAUUUUAUGUAUUAUCUCCAGCUUUUUUAAAGCAUUUUUAUUGGUAAAUAAUGGCUCUCCAUUUAAAAAACAUGUCCUGUUUUAAAGAAUUAAUAUAUCAUUGUUUUGUAAUGGAAAUUAGAGAUAUUACAGUUUAUGAGACGAUUUUCGUAAUGUGUGUUAUUCCAUAUGAUUGGGGAAUCCAUGGAAGCUGAAUAUAUUUCAUUCCUACAGUUACAUUUUUGUAAAUCUUGCACCAAAAUUAAGUAUUAAUCAAGCAGUAUUUUUAAUUAUGAUUCAUCCAGAAAGCUCUCAGAUCUCAUUGCUGUUUCUGCCAAAAUUAUUCUCAUUGUUACAUGACAUUUGCAGUACUCAGUAGCAUUCUAUGUACCCAGGAUAAAAAGAUACUUUUUUAUCUCAGAAUUUGAUGAAUUUAUUGAGUACUGAACUAGUUAUUUUAGGUUCAAGAAAUGUAAUUCCAGCUAGAGUAAACUGUGUAAACAAGUGUUUCUGUGUUGCUGUUACAAGCAUUGCAAUAGAUUUGUUUUUGUUAAAGGAGAUGAAAAUUCAGCCUUGAAUUUCAUUAUUGAUGUUACUAUAUUUGUUCAGUUUUAUUGCCAUUUUUCAUUGUAAUUGUUGUAACAAGACAUUUAAUACCAAAGUUUGAAAGAUUGUGCCACUGUGAGAGAUGACAUCUGAUCACAUAUAAGAGUACCUUCACGAUUAACAGUUGGACACACUAUGUUAAGCACACGUAAAAUUUAGUGUUGCUAAGUGGAACAACUGCACAAUGAGAUAGAAUGAUGUACAGACUUGACAAGCUUGCUCUUUUUCUUGGAAACUUGGUGUAAUGAAAGUUAAUACAUUUUCCCAAUAAGGCGGACAGCAGUUAUUUUCUGUGAAGCUAUCAACUAAGAAUUUAAAUUAAUAGGUCCUAUGGCCUGCACCUUCAUAAAGAGUGCUCCAGUGGUAGGCAUUGGUUACUUUCCACUCUUGAUUUGAUUGUUUUAGUUUGUGCUAUUUAUGGAACUGGUAGUGCGUGACAGAGGUAAUGUUGAGAAGAGUGUAGCAUUUGCAUAUCAUCUCUUAUUGUAGAUACUGAUGUUCCUGAAUUAUAACUACAAGACCAUCAUUAUUACUUUUCCUGCCAUUCAAAAGUAAGAGAGAGAGAGAGAGAGAGUGUAGUGUGUGCGCGCGCGCGCGUGUGUGUGUGUGUGUGUGUGUGUGUGUGUGUGUGUGUGUGUGUGUGUGUGUGUGAACUGUACUGAGCACUCACAUGCCCUCUAUUGGAGGAUGCACCAACCUGGACUGUGCAGGUUGCUUACAGGCUCGGCCUCGCCCCCUUUCGGACAGUGAGGAUGUGGCAUUCUUUGUGCCACUGACCACCCCUGUGAACGUACCUGGCCCUAGGUGUAGAGCACCAUUUGCACUGGGUAGCAGAAGUGGUGUUGGCCUUGGGUUUAUUGUUCUACUACUGCGUAUUCUCUGAACAGUUUUCUAUUGUGAGAAACUAGGUUUUAUUUAUUUAAACUUCAUUUUAGACCUGAUUCACAUGACACGAAUCUUCAUGCAGAUAAUCACCCUCCGUACCUCUAGUUUUACACCCUUUCUUAUUAUGUGUAAAUAGAUGUAAUUCACUGACAUUUGCAUUGUGAAACAUACUUGCUUCUCCUAUUGUGAUGAUAUGCAUCCUUCAUUUAGGCUGGAAGUUGUUUGCUAUGUGUAUAAAAGAUUUUGAUUAUUCCCAAGGGAAAAUAAUGACAUGCUCAAUUACGAUAACUUUUCUUUGUUUAGAAACUAUUUCUUUGGGUUUUAGGUAGUAUUCAGUUGUGCAGAAUCUUGCCUUUCACUAUUUUUAUUCAACACUUUUAAAUACUUUACCAUGUCACAAGAUUUCUCAAAUGUUUGUGCAGAUUUGUUCAGACAAGGUCAGUUGGCACAACUAAUAAAAUAAUGUCAAUGUUCUGUCAUUUGCAGUCUAAAAUGUCUUGUGGUACACAGUCCACGGAGAUUGAUUUGACAUUAUAUCUUAAUUGUUCACGUGAUUGGUCACAUUUGCGUAGGCCUCAGUGUGCAGAAUAAGCUGCAGGGAAUGGAAAUGAGUCAAUAUUAGCAAUAUCAAAGAAAGGAAUCUAUUACAUCAGCAUUCUUGAUAGACAUUGUAAUUUUUACCCAAAAAAUCACUUUUUUUUGCUUUUGUUUCAAAAGUAUUUUUUCCCCUUGUUGUAUGCUCUAAUAACAGAUAAAUUUUGUGGAUUGGUUCAGGUAUUAGUGAUGGGUAGUCCAAAAACUGCAUUUACUUAUAUAUAUUUUUACUAACAAUACACAUUGUUUUUCAUAUGUGCCUGUAAUCUUGCAGCCAAAUUUCUUGAAUUUUUUCCUUCUAAAACCAUGCAAAAAUUCAUAACCAGAAUGAGAGUUCUGAAUAGUGAAAUUGAAAUACCUCGGUAAAAGAGACACUCUUGCAACCUUCAAAGAGGAUAAUGGAAACAUUGGUAAAAGCAAAAUAUUGCAGAGAUUUUUCAGUAAAAAAAAGGAAGUUUACAUAGGAAUUUUGAAUGCUACAUCAAUUUAUUUCCUAAAUAUUUAUUCUUAUUGUUGAUGCAGUUGUCUUGUACAUUUUUAAAACUGCUCUGUGAAGGUUUGCCUCUUAUAGUUUAUCCAUUGAAAAAAAAAAAAAAAAAAAAAAAAAAAUCCCAUUUCCUCGUAACUCAGCUAACUCAUGGAAGUGUCAUGGUUGAGCACCCAUAAACAAGAGACACAAAUACAUGGGACAUGUGAUCAGUUUGCCAUUCUGUCAUAAAUAAUUUUGUCCAUUACUUUUCUCUUUGUCAUGAAUUUUUUAAAUUUAAGUUAAGAAACUGAUUAUAGAAUGGAUAAGUAUAUACAGUUACCAACACAUCUCUAUGUGCUACAAAUUAAGGAAGCAAAACUCAGCUAUUUAUGGUAGUGUGUACUAUAUUUGUGCUUCUCAAAUACAGAUGUACUGUUUCAUGCAUAGUGUCCCAGCAUUCUUUUGCCUUCAGUCUCUCUCUAGUUUGGAUGUAGUUUCUUUUAUUCAGAAUCCAGAAGAAAUUGGCUUCAUGUUAAAUAAGUACCCUGUUAUGGUAUAUUAAAAAGAAAGAAAGAUGAUUAUCUGUAUUUAUAUCACAGUUUAAUGUAAUUCAUACAACUAAAGUGUGGUGUGAUUAUGGAACUGACACUCUAUACUGAUGACAAACCAAUAGAAAGGAAUAUUGUUUCCAAACAAACCCAUUUGAUCAUUAAUGUCUAGAGGAAAUGUGAUAUCUUAUUGGAGCAUUAUCAUAAUUACAGUGUUGAAAAUGUGGGACCACUGGAUUGUACAAGUGAUUGCAGUAGAACAGUAGACCUUUAAAUGGUGAAGUGUGAAGACUUACUUGGUCAUAGGUAGUUUGGUAUUUGUAACAGAGUCCUUAAGAUCAGGGUAGUUGUUUUCAUCAGUCUAAUGAUAUAGAUGAUGUUAGUUAGCUACAUGUUUCAUAGCUUAUUUGAAUGCUUCUUUUAUCACAGUGAUGUAGAACAAGUCAGUUUACAGGAUAUAUAUACUUGAACAGUAUCAAGAUUAAUGAAUACAUUAUUUUUCAGUCCUAAUCUUAAAAACAUUUGAAAACUAGAUUUUUUCAGGCUACUGCUUUUUAAAUAGAAAUUCAUCCGUGGAAUAGGAGGAGGUGGACAGGACAAAUGAGUUUUGACUGAAUUCAAGACUUGCUUUGCUACCUGUUCAACAUUUUAUUUUAUUGAGCAAAUGACCAAAAAUUUUGUUGCUGCUUAUUGAAUUCUUUUCUUAGCCAUUGUCAGCUUUAAUAAUGAAUAAUAAAGUUCAUUUUUUCCUCAAGUUUGUAGGUGUGGGCAUCUCUGUCCUUCUCAAAUUGUGAUGCAUUAUUGACAAUGAUUUGCAUAAGUGAGUAUAUGUAAUGUUAUUUGUUUUUAUUUAAUUUUAUCAAUAUUUUGUUGCUGUGAAAUGUGUCAUCACAUGGGAAGUAUGAAUAAAAAUGCAUUUGGUAUUAAUUUUUAUGGUUUUUAUUUAAUUACAUGCAGCUGGAAAUUGUUUUAAUACAUAAUUUAGUUCUGUUUUAGGAUGAGGUAAAAUUUUUGCUCCAAACACUCAAGGACCAAAAUUUUUAACCUUUUCACACUAGCAUACUUUGGUUUAUACUUUCUGUCAUCACAUGUCACAUCACUCAAGGUGUACAUAUACAAAUGUGCUGUUUGAAUGACAUGUUUUGCAAUGACAGAAAGGAUAAACCAAUGUCUGAUGGUGUGAAAGUGUAAAAUAUGUUCGUAAUUGAUUCUGUUCUGAUGAUUGAUAGAAAUAUUGUUUCCAAACAAACUCAUUUGCAAAUUGACAGUUUAGAACAUACAUUUCACCUCACUCAAUUGGAACUAAAUUAUGUAUUUGGAUGAUUUGUACCUCACGAUGGAACCACAGGGUCUGAAAUUCAUCAUGUAAUUAAAUAAAGCACGAAAAAAUUGUGAGUGAAGGCAUUUUUAUUCAUAAUUCCUCUGCAGUUAAAAUGCCUACCUCCUUGAAGAGGUACCUACUUGAGGACCGCAGGUGAAAACCACCUAUUUGUCUUACCUCAUGAUUUUCUGUAAUCGAGUGGUGUGUUGUCCCAGAAAAUUUAUCCAUAAGACAUUAUUGAGUGGAAAUAUGCAAAAUAUUUCAGGAUAUUGAUUCAUUUGUUUCCAAGACUAGCAACUAUACAAAGAGCAAAGGUAUCAGAACCCAAUUGUUUGAAAAGCUUAGUAAUAUGCUUCUUCCAGUUCAAGUUUUCAUCACCAUAAAAUUGUGAGUAUUCUGCUCUGUUUACUGACCCCUGUUCACGCUCUACAUCAGUUGUUGGUAUGACUGUUUGUUGUACAGGACUGAACAUAACGUGUUUUCUCAAUAUUUAGGGGGAAUCCAUUCUCAUAGUAGCAUUUAAAAAUUCUUUGAAAAACAUCAUUAACAAUGUCUUCUGUGAUACUCUAUAAUGGAAUUUAUUGUAAUGCUGGUAUUUUCUUCUGCAAAAAUUGUCAAUUCUUCUUCUUGAAUGUUAAGUGGAAGGUCAUUCACACAUAUAAUAAAUAGGAGUGGACUCGAAAUUGAAUCCUCUGUUACUCCCUUAGUGAUUUCUCACCAGUCACUAAAAUUUUCUACCAUUCAAACAUUGUUUGAAUUAUUCAGCACAACAUUUUACAUUGUGUUUGUUAUAUAUGAUUCAAACAAGUUGUGUGUAAAGCCAUUGAUUCUACAAAACUUGAGUUUUUCUAGUAGUGUAACAUGAUCUACAUAAUCAAAUGCCUUGGAAAGAUAACAAAAGCUGCCAAAUGGUGAUAUUUUAUUUUUUAGGACUUGUAAUGUUUGAUGAGUGAAUGUAUGAAUAGCAUUCUUAAUCAGGCAACCCUUCUGGAAUACUAAAUAUGAUAUGCUAAGUAAAUUGUUUCUGCUGAAAUGUGACACUAUUCUUGAGUGCAUUACUUUUUUGAAUAUUUUGGGAAAGGAUCUCAGUAAGGAAAGUGGAUCAUAAUUAUGUAUAUCUUUUUUGUUGCCUUUCUUAUGAAGACAUUUAAUAAUUGCAUAUUAUAAUAUAUCUGGAAAAAUUCCCUGUGCCAAUAAUGCAUCACAUACAGUGUGUGGCAGGUGGAAUAGUCAAUAUUCAGGGAUAUGACAGGAAAAAUCAUUUGAAGAAAAAACUUUCCAUAAACAUGGACUGUAAAAUGCAUACUUUAAGAGCUACGAGUGCUUCAUCUUGAAUGCUGUGUAACAAAUCUUUUCUACUGCUAGCUCUUUGUUCUCCAUAUUUUGAGAGGUGUUUGUAUGGACCAAAGCAAGGAAAAAAAUGUCAAGUAAAGCCGGCCAUUGGGGCCGAGCAGUUCUAGGUGCUUCAGUCUGGAACCGCGCUGCUUCUACGGUCGCAGGUUCGAAUCCUGCCUCGGGCAUGGAUGUGUGUGAUGUCUUUAGGUUAGUUAGGUUUAAGUAGUUCUAAGUGUAGGGGACUGAUGACUUCAAUGUUAAGUCCCUUAGUGUUCAGAGCCAUUUCAAUCAGUUUUUGUCCUAUAAACAUGGGCUCUAAAGCUAUAAGUAUUGGUUCAUUUUUGCUACUGUAAAAAACAUGUCUUCUACUGAACAAGUGCUCAUAGUUCUUAAGGGAUGCAUUUUGGAGCCCAUAUUUACCGGACUUUUUUGCUUUGAAUGAUUGUUCCUGUCAUGUCCCUGAAUAUUGACCAUUACUCUUGGGAUACCCUGUAUAUCACUAAUGAUAUUACUUGUUAAGUUAGAACAAAUCCUCAGAAUCCUAUUUGAAAUUCCAUCAACAGCACAUGAGCUUUUGUUUUAGAAUUUUAUCAGUUUCAGUAAAGGAUGUUGGUUAGAGUUUUGUGGAAUGACAUUUUUAACAUAUUCUCUUCCUCCUUCUGAGGAACCAUUUAAUCCUAUUUUUGCUGCUACAUUUAGGAAGUAAUUGUUAAUAGUACUCACAAUGGGCAAAUUGUCAGUCAAACCAUUGUCAUUUAGUUUAAUUGCUACGGUACCUAGUACACUGACUGGCUGUCCUUUGUCCCAUUUGUUAGUGACCCAUUUAGUUUUAAUCCUAUUAUCUGUAUUAUUAAUUUAUUUCUUGACAUUUCAAUGACUUUCCUGAAAGUGUAAUAGUAUUUUUGUAGUAUGCAAGUAAUGUCUGCUCUUGACUUAUUCUGGCCUUUAUAAAAAUUUAUCUCAUUCUCUUACAUAAGAUUUUAAUUCUCUUAGUUAUCCAUUGCUUAAUUUAAUUAAAAUGGAUUUUCUGGAAAAUAUUGACAAAAAUGUACUCUAGAAUAAAUUGAAUCUGACAGCAGCAUCUCUCUAUGUAUAUGUAUAUCUAAUCCCAUACCGUCUCUUUUAACUUACUCCUAAAAAAUAGUAUCCUGUUCUCAUUAAUAAGACUCAGACAGUAAGGGGCAUUUAAUUAAUUGUGCAUCAUCAUCAGACAGUCCAUUAACAACUGAGUGCACAUCAGUUGUUUAAGCCUGACAGUUGUCUAUAAAAAUGUUGUCAGUUAGUGUCUCCCUGUGUACGAGUUGGAAAAUAGGUUACUGAGAUUAGAUUGGAACACCCAAAUACUGAUUCCAGUUCAUUUUUCAUAUCCAUAUAUUUUACGACGUCUGCAUUGAAAUCUCCACAAACUACUAAUGGUUUCUUCUUGUCUGACAGGUAACUCAAUCAUGCAUCUAGAUUUAUAAAAAACAACUGAAAUUUACUAGACGCAAUCUGUAGAUUUUUAAAAUGUCCAUAGAAGUAUUCUGCAGUAACAACUCACAAGCACAUUGUUCUAGAUUCUGAUCUGCACAAAAGAUAUUUAAUUCAGUAUUUUUGACUUCAUGUCCAACUUUUGGCAUGACUCUGCACGAAAAUGAUGCUAGUCUGUAACCCCGGAUAUUUAACUUCUCCAUCCCUGUGGGUACAUGGUAUUGAGAGAGAGGCACAAAACAUCUGUAGCUUCAGAAUUUCCCACAUCAUUUAGGCAUACAAGAAACUCAUUAUCUUGUUUUUCAACCCCAUAAUGAUCUAAUGAUAGAAAUCUAUUUUAUUUUUCUCAGAAGUAUGACAUAUAUUAUGGCCCUGUUCUCCUCUACUUUCUUUUAAUACUGUCUGUACAUAAUCUGCCUCUAACCUAAAAAAUAUGCCUCUCUGACUCAGUAAUCACAGGGAUUCUUGUGAGACUGUGACCCCCCCCCCUCCCCUUACACUUCUGCAACAUGCUCAGUUAAUCUGCCCUUCUUCCCAUUCAGGUGCAGGCCAUGAUUUGUGUAUCCCCAUCUCCCAAUUGCAGCAACAGGCGUGGUAAAGGUAUGAGACUUUGUUUCAUUUAGAAGCAAUCCACUCAGCUCUUUGUUUACAUAGCUAACAGACAUAUUAACACAGGAUCGUAUUGAAUUCUAUAUUUUAAUUUGCUAGCCAGGCUGUUUCCUGCAAGUACCUGAUUCUCUGCAUCAAAAUCACUGGAAAAGGCCCCUAAGUUCUCUUGGCUUCUGGCUAAGCUUGGUACUGGGCUUCUUGGUAUUUUACACAUAAUUUUCCGGUAGUGUGAUUGUUUGUGUGUCCUUCAGAGUGGACAGUUUUAUAUUCUCCUUAGCCUAACUGGAGAAGAGUGUCAACACUUCAUGUGUAUUGUUAUAUAUAGUUUUUGAAGUCUGUACAUUCUGAAAAUAUCUGUAAAACGUUAAUCACUAACAACAUUCAUUAGCAUUGUUUCUUCAAAGUGACUGUCUCAAUUCAGUAGUAGUAGUAGUAGUAGUAGUACUUAAAGAAAGCUGAUAGUUUUAAAAUACUAAUUAAGGUUUAUUCAUAUGUAUCACACCAAAAUUAAAUUUUUGUGCAAAUUUUGAUACCGAUAUGCACAUAAAACUAAUAUAGUCUCCAGUGUUGUGUAAUAAAGUUGUUAAGGACUAAAAUAUUGAGCAAAAUAAUAUAUUUCAUAUUCUUUGAAAAUAUAAGCUUUUAAUGUUUACAAAUAGUUACCAUGAUAGUUUCAAAGGCAGAAAAUGGAAUGAAAUAUAUUUGUGUGUGACUUUUUGAUAAGAAUUCUUAUUAAUACCAAAGAUGAUACUGUAAUAUGUUGAACUAACCAUGUAACAGAAUGACUGGCUAGUACUUAACACUGAGCAGAUGCAACUCUCAGUACUGCCAGUUGCAACACUUAAAACAGGAAACAGUGUUCGCAGCUUGUAGAACAAUAGGUAGAUGAAUUAGUUAGGAGGAUGUGGGAAGGAGGAGGGAGGAGGAAUGCAGCUCACUCAGCUCUUAAUGUAAGGUGGCCCAGUUUCAUUUUUGACAUUGGAUGACUCUAUUUUAGCCAAGGUCUUAGUGACCUCUCUCUGUACCACCAUAUUCCUAUUUCCUCCUUAAAAACCAAUACCAAAGGUCACUGUUAAGCUAAAGUGUUUCUGUCAGCAGCAAUGGAAGUACCUGAACAUUAGUACUGACCACACUUUCUGUAUCUCUGUCAUAUUAACAAGUUUCUUAUUUGAAUUUUUAUUUUUAUGUAUUUUUAACAUGUUAGGCCAUUAUUGUGUAGUGUUUACAGUUAUUGAUAUGACCCUUCCAUCUUGAAAGACAAAAUAUAUUCUUUUUGUCUUUGUGUUCAGAAGACAAGUAGUAAAAAAAAUAAUUCAGUGACAUUUACUUCAUUCACAAAAAUUGAAGUAUUUUAGUGGAGCUUAUUGAUGUAACUAUUUCAGUAAUAAAUUUGGAAUCACAGUAAGUACAAUACAUCAAAAAGAACAGAAUAGUGCCAUAGUGUGCAAACAGAAGCUCAUUAUCUCCUUUGGCAUUAAGCAACAUAGCUAGUGCAAAUGGUCUUGAACUUAAACUUAAAGGAGCAAAACGGAUGAGUUCAAUUUAGCGACAUUAACUUCAAAUCUGUUAUUUACUUGCUGAAGAAUUCCAUCUUUGAUUGUAGGGUGGCCCUGUUGUAACAACUAUUAAAUGUUUCCUAUACAUUUAUGAAUAAUGUUGAAAUUAAUUGUGUGCUUCCUCGGGGUUGUUUUCAGAUAACAGAAAUUUUGUUGAACAUCAUAAUACAUUGCUUGCACCUUUAUUUUAGCUAUGCUUGUUGACUUUAUGCAGUGUAUGUAUUUCUGUAAACCAUUUUUAUAGUUCUUAGAGCAAAUAAGUGCUUCUAUGUGCCUUUUCUUUGUAUGCCCACCACUUUAAUUUUAAAAUUAUACAGAAGACCUUUUAUUAUUUUUAACGGAUCCAUUAGGGGCAAAUGCUGUACAGUGCAACUGAACUGUUGAAAAUUUAAUUCUAAUCAAGUCUAGUACUGUUGCUGUUUAUAUGUUUUUUUUUUUUUUUUUUUGGGUCAUAUAGGACUAUGUAAAACUGUCCUUUGCCUUUGUAGUAACAGGUUAAUAUUUGUUAUCUUUGCAGUAAACUGUAGUGUUACUGUAAGUCAUGCAAAUCAAAGAAACAUGAUAUUUCUUAGUUGUCUCCCCCCAUGCAUUUAUUUACUACUUUUAAUGUCCAUUGAAAAAUACCUUCUCUGCUAGCCACUACGUGGUUUGUAUUAGAUGUUAUGUCCAGUACCAAGGCAUCAGUAUUCCUUUGUAUUCUGCUCACAGACACUACAAGUGAAUUAUUACUGGUUACACAUAUAAGUUUAUAUAUUACUAUUUCAUUUGUUUGAUAAUCUUAAUUAAUAACAAAUAUAAAAUACAGCAGUACCUGUCAGACAUUGACUAUAUGUUUCCUUCACACAUGUAGGAUACCUUGUAAGCUAAAAAGAGUAUAAUUAUUGAAAAGUUUCAUAAUAUGAUGAGCUGUACAUACAUACAUACAUACCUAAAUUGAAUAUCUUGUUUAUGUAAUUGUACUUUAUUUAUUCAAUAAUAGAAGUAUCUUAAGGCUUACAGUUCGUGAUCCUCUAAUAUAUAUCACCUUCAUUAAGUUAAACUUAAGUGAAAACUGCCAGAUGCACUUUCACGUAAUGUAAAUUCUGUUAAUGCACUGACAGUUUCAUUUGGAGUCAAUGAAGGACAUCUGAUGUAUUGAUGCCAGUUUUGUUUCUCAUUCUUUUGUCAAUUCAGUUUAAGAAUGUAUUGUGUUCGUAGAUAGGUAGUAAAAAAAUAAUUCAGUGACAUUUACUUCAUUCAUAAAAACUGAAUUAUUUUAGUGGAGCUUAUCGAUGUAACUACUUCAGUAAUGAAUUUGCAAUCACAGUAAGUACAAUACAUCAAAAAGAACAGAAUAGUUCCACAGUGUGCUAACAGAAGCUCAUUAUCUCCUUUGGUGUUAAGCAACAUAGCUAGUGCAAAUGGUGUUGAACUUUGCAGUAUGUCAUGUGAAGUAUCAUGAUAGAGGCAUCUAAAAUAUCUAUAAGGUACUAAAUAGUUUUUGUCAUUGUAACAAUCAUAUUUUUUAUCAUAAUUUAUCAUUUUGAAAGUAUAUCUCUUGACCAUUAUAUUUUCAAUGGUUCAAGAAUCACCAGGCCUGUGUUUAUAGUUUUUAAAUAUAUUUAUCAUUUAAAAAACACUUACAUGUUUUGAGAUUUGUAGAUAAAUGUGUGUUUAUAUCAGAAGAUGAUUAUGGUUUCUAAUUGUUAUUUUUCAUAGCUGCCAUAAUUAUAUGAAAAUUACUUUAAAAAUUGUUACCAGUCACUGACUAUGUCUGGGAUUUACAAUAUCUUCACAAAAGCAAUCAGUGUUGUGGGGAAAUCAUCAAGUUUAGUAACUCCUAAAAACUGGAGUUUCAUUACGCUUAAAUUAUAUUUCGUAUUGUUCUGCGUAUUGGUAAGAUACACACACAGAAACGAAAUUGUGCACAAAUUUUUGUAUGAGAAAUAAACUUUGCUGGAAAUGAA